UAUGAAAAUAAGGCUGAAGUUUUGCCACCAAAACCAACCAACAUCCAUUCCAUGGGUUCUGCAACUGCAAGAGUACUGUUUCCCCAUCUUCUCUUUCCCUCUUCUUCCUCUCACAAUCCUCCACCAAACCCUAACACCAAAUCUCCAAAACCCUUCACAUUUUUCAACCAUAAUCCAUUACCGACUAGGCGUUUGUUGCUCUUCUCCCUCCCCAUAGCCACUGCCUUUCUUCUCCCUAUUGGGAGCAAUUCGAAUCGACCCAGUUCUUGCUAUGCUGUGGAGAGUUUUGACCCUGUAAGCCGUUCUGAGAGAGAAGCGAGUGCCGCCAUUUCCCGAAGAGUAUCUGAAGCUGUGGAGCUUCUUGAUAAAGGCAGGGAGUUGCAAGCUCUUGGUGAUUUCAAUCAAGCUCUUCUCUACUUCACUAAGGUAAUUGAUAAAUAUAAAGAUUUUGCAUUCUCGGACUAUGCCCGAGUAGGCAGAGCAUUGGCCCUGUACGAAAUUGGUGACCGAGAAGAAGCAAUAGCAGAGAUGGAGGAUGUUUCCAUAUCAUUGAAGGGAUACCCAGAAGUGCAUGCGGCAUUGGCUGCAGCUUUAUACGUGGAUAAGCAUGCUGCAUUGCUGGCUGAAAAUCAAUUCACCAUUGCAACUUUGCUUGAUCCUCAUUAUGUGGAUAUCUCGAGAAGUCCCAUCAGAAGUACCUGCCAGUAAUUGCAACAAAUGGAGAAAGAUGCUGAGGGUUCAGAAUUCUGAUGUGCUUUCAUUCAAGCUAAAUGCCAUUGCUGACAGGCAAGCAGGGAAGUGCUUCCAGCAAAUUGAGUGGGCCAUCAAGCAUGUGCUUUGCCCUUGCCUUUCUAAAUCACAUGCUUUCAAUUCUAAAGCUCCUAUUGGACAUAGGAGUCUUGAUUCACACAUCAUCAAUGGCUGUGAUUGUGCCUCAGGUUCACUUAAUCUAAUCUCUGCUUUAUUUAUUUUCUUGUAUGUAAUCAAAUCAUACCAAAUUUUGGAU